CUCUAUCCAGUGAAAAAAUGGCUGACAAAUACUAUCUGUCUUUAAUUUUUCGCUUCUAGAUGAUUCAUUGUUUUUAUUCGCAUUGGAUAAUAAAUAUUGAGCUUAUUUCGGCGCUAGGAAAUUUUUAUGUUACGCGCUCAUAUUGUCGGUGGCCGAAGUGCGUGUAAACUAUGCGAUACGUAAAACUGUGGCAACUAAAAGAUGGAAUCGAGUAAGGUUCGAAUGUUCAUGAACUCUGACAGUAAAGAGAUGUCAGAGGAGGAAAGUCGUCUUCCAGAAGUUCUGCAAAAGCUCGAAAUCGUUCCAAUUUCAUGUUCACCUAAAAUCUCGGAUGACAAUCUCCCCGUCAGCCGAAAUCCGUUCUUCGCUUUGGCUGCCGAGAAGGACGGAAGCGAAUCAUGUGACCCCUUAAAGUUAUUUGGACCGAAAUGCGAGUGUGCGAGGCGCCUGGCAGAGUCGUGCUCCAACAGUGGCACAAUUGAGCACACAAUUCUCAACCAAACACAAUUCAAGCAUAGGCACAUUUCUAAUAAAUUUCUAUUGAAGGAUCCCGUGCUGAAGGUAUUGCGCACUUGCAUACACCACAGCCACGUGAAGCACAAACUAACGCCGUACACCCGUCGACAGUCUCGGUCUGCUGAUUGCGUCGAUGACCUAAAUGACUGCCCCACAUUGGAAUCGCUGACCAUCAAGGAGAGUGCGAGUCCGGCAGAGGAGCAGAACCGCGGCUUCGCAUCAGUCAAACCAAAUUCUCUCGACUUCAAAGCACUUGUGCAAGAAUGUGAUAUCAUAUCAUCGUCAGUGUCUUCGUCCACAUCGCAGGCUGGUAGCGCAAUCUCCGUGGACAGGCGGAAGCAUGGCAAGCAGUUUACAACUAUACAGUCGGUAGAUCUACGUAAGGGUAAGGAUAGUAGAAAGCAUAAGAAGUCGCAAUCAAAAGUAAGCACACAAUCCAUCUGUCGGCAAGAUGCAAGUAGUUCUAGUUCUGGUUCUUCGUGUUCACAGCAGGCCCGCAUAAACGCAUCGGCAGCUAGUGCUUGUGACGUUACGAUCGACGAGCUGGCCAGCUACUUCGAAACCUUUGUACAUAUACCGAAAAAAAUGUCGUCCAUGGCCGAAAUGAUGUACAUUUAAAUUUAAGUUUUGUAAAUGAAUGUAUGUAUUAUAUGAAACCUUUUUUAUGAAGUUAGUCAAGGUUAAAUCGAGUGCAACCUGUGGAAGUGCACUGGUUGCACUGGACGGAAGUACGGAAGUAGUUAAAAUAUUUAAGUAACCAAUGCAUGUGUUUUGUUUUAAGGGGAUCCUUUGAUAAGUACAUUGUACAUGCUGUUUACGUCAUUAUAUUUUGUAUCAGGCAUAUUCUCAUUAUUUUAUUUCAGGAGUAUAAUAAAUUUAUGUAAAUAAUUAUAGA